GCAUUGUGAUUUCUUUUUGAUGAGAUUAUUCCAGACAUUUGUAGAAUCAGACAUGUGUUUCGCCGCGAUGCGUAUACGCAUGUGCAAGCAUUUCUAUAGUUGUGUUCGCUGUUUAAAGGUUGUGAGAAUAUAGUUAAGUAAAGUAGCGAAUGAAUGUUGUUGUUCCGCAAUGCAGUUGAUCUUGUGAUUUGCGUAUGCUUGCGAUUUUUAUAACGUUUGCACGCAUUCACGAAACAAAUCACGCGGACUAUUAAUUAAAAAACUAUUGGUUGAUGUUAAUCUUACACAUAAUUGUUUGAUCUAUUGUGGUCUGCGUGAGAGAAAAACAAACAAUUCUCCACGAUCUUUCUCGAACAAUGCAUCGCAUAUUAUAGAACGAGUGUCACAGAUAAAUAUAUUAUUACUCGAUCUAAUAUUUGAGACUUUUUUUGUUCGGUUUAGCGAGCAUUUGCAUAUCGUUAUACUCUACAUUCUUUAUUGAACUACUAUAAGUAGGUAAUAGAGGUUAGCGUCUUGCAAAUAGUUCAAGGAUUCGUAUCGUGCGACGAAGUGUCUUGAAAUAUAUUUGUUAUACAUUUUUUUUCCAAGAUUUGUGCCAAAAUCGUAUGUUACACAACACAAAUAUUUUUGUGAAAUUCUUCAAAGACAUUACUUAUCACAUCGCACAUUUGAAGAUUCAAGUAUUUUUUCAAGUUCUUGGUGAUUCCAAAUGACACACUAUCUACGCAGUAUCAAAUCUAUUCUCCUACUCCGGUUCAGAAUGCAAUGGGAGGAGCGAAUCUUCAUACCCCUCCAUCCAUAUUUCAACAUAUGAUGGGUCAACAAAGUGCUUCACAACAACCAGGAACAUGGAUGCAAAUGCCACAAGUACCUCCAAUGUCAAUACCAUGGAGUGUGCCAUCUCUCCAACAACCAGAAUUAGUAAGAUUUACUGGUGGACCAAGUUUAGAACCAAUUCCUCAUCAAAAGAGAAAACUUGAAACUUGUGAUCUGUUAGAUAUGAGGCAAACAAAACAGUUUAUAACAGAAGAAAAAAUGGCUGCACAUUUUAAAGAUUUGCAUAUUAGUUCCAAUUAUCAACAACAUUCGCCUGUACCAUCAACUUCAACAGCUGAUACACAACCAAUUCCUUCUAGAGAAUUGAAUAUGGAAUUAGAAAUAGAUGCAGCUAAUACAGAUCAAUUAAAAUCUGGACCUAGAUUGAUUCUUUCAGAAGAAUUGAAAAGACUCAAAAAAGAACCUAUUUUGCCAAAUUCCUUAUUGUCCAAAUUGUAAGUGUAAAUAUAUUAAAG